CUCCUCCUCCUCUCGGUGGUGUGGUGGCAAUGUCUGCUCCUGCGACGGCCCCUGCUCCUGCGGAAGCUGCUGGCGGAGGCGGCGCCGGCGCCGCUGGGGACAAGCAGCGCUCUUCCGCCGCCUCCGCCCCGCUCAACGUGGAAGGCAUCGACCUGCUGGAGAAAUGCGGCGUGUGCCGGGAGAGGCUGCGCUCCGAGCGGGACCCGCGACUCCUGCCUUGCCUCCACACCGUCUGCAAGGAGUGCAUGAAGGUCGAGCCCGCCGCCGCCGUCGCCGCUGCAGCAGCAGCAGCCGGCGGCGGCAACAACAAGGAUGGCCAAGUGGUUGACUGCCCGGUGUGCAAGCACCAGUGUUACCUAAAAGACAUAGUAGAGAACUACUUCCUGCGGGAUGGCGCAACAGAGUCUUUUGGGGAUGCCAGAGAAGCUAACCAGUGCUGCACCAGCUGUGAAGACAAUGCCCCGGCCACCAGCUACUGUGUGGAGUGCCAAGAGCCCCUGUGCGAGACUUGUGUGGAGGCUCACCAGAGAGUGAAGUACACUAAGGAACACACUGUCCGGUCCACAGGCUCCUCCAAAUCCCAGGAGAGAGAGAAGACAGUGUACUGCUCCGUCCACAAGCAUGAGCCACUGGUGCUGUUCUGCGACACUUGCGACACCCUCACCUGCCGGGACUGCCAGCUGAAUGUGCACAAGGAUCACCAGUACCAGUUCUUGGAGGAUGCAGUCAAGAACCAACGCAAGAUGCUGGCCUCGUUGGUAAAGCGCCUGGGAGAUAAGCAUGCCAACCUUCAGAAGUCAACCAAGGAAGUGCGAACCUCGAUCCGGCAGGUGGCAGAUGUGCAGAAGCGAGUGCAGGUGGAUGUGAAGAUGGCCAUCCUGCAAAUCAUGAAGGAGCUCAAUAAGCGGGGCAAGGUGCUGGUUAAUGAUGCGCAGAAAGUUACCGAAGGGCAGCAGGAGAAACUGGAGAGACAACACUGGGCCAUGACAAAGCUCCAGCGCCACCAGGAGCAUAUCCUACGCUUUGCCAAUUGGGCCCUGGAAAGCGACAACAACACUGCCUUGCUGCUUUCGAAGAAGCUGAUUUACUUCCAGCUGCACAGGGCUCUCAAAAUGAUCGUUGAUCCCGUGGAGCCCCAUGGAGACAUGAAAUUCCAGUGGGACUUAAAUGCUUGGACCAAGAGCGCAGAGACAUUUGGUCAGAUAGUCUCGGAGCGGAGUGGCUUGCUGGCAGCCCCUAAUGCCCAGACUCCCCAACAGCGGGCCAAUGCUACCUCUGCUGCAUCUGGAGGAGUGGCGGUCAGGCAGGGCUCUGUUCCUCCUUCUCAGGGUGUCCAGCAGAUGUCUCUGCAGACAAGCAUAUUGAAUAAGGGAGCUCUGCUUCAGCCUGUGCUGCCUUCCAACAGCCAGCGGCAGGCAAUCCCCGACUGCUAUAUCAAUGAUGCUAGUGCCUCUUCUGCUGGACAGCCAAUGGACAUGGGUGACGGCUUUGGCGUAGAAGGAUCAUACUCUGGUGAAGCCAAUGUUUCUGGAAUGAAGAGGUCCCGCGGCCAAGAUGGAGAGAGUGGCACCGUGCGCAAGGUGCCCCGUGUCAGUCUGGAGCGGCUGGAUGUGGACCUGACAUCGGACAACCAGCCACCUGUCUUCAAGGUGUUUCCUGGCUCUUCCACUGAAGACUUCAAUCUCAUUGUGAUCGAACGUGGGGUGCAGCAAGCUGCAGCUGCGGCAGCUGCGGCCGCCCAUUUAGCAGGGCUGCCGGCAGCAGUGAAGGAGGAGCAGAUGGAGGCAGCUAUUGACCAUCCAGCUUCUGCUGACACUAAAGACACUAAGCCAGUGGUGCUGCCCCAGGAUGCUUUGCUUCCAGAAGGCUCCUCAGCGCCCCGGCUCAUCUCCCCCAGUGGCAGCACCAGCUCUGCUAUGGAAAUGCAGUCUGUUCACAGCCAUGAUGGCACUGCCAACGGGGACGAAGCUGCUUCCUGCAGAGUCUGCCUGAAAGCUGGUGCUGUAGUCAUGUGUGAUGGCUGCAAGAAGUGCUACCACCUGGAUUGUCACCUGCCUGCUCUCCAGGAAAUCCCCAGCCAGGAAUGGAAGUGUCUGUUGUGUGAGCAGCCAGCGAGAGCCAUUGAAGAGGAUGGGACCGACUUGACUCCAGUCUCCAUAGAUGGGGAGGUGAAGAUACUGUCAGCUGCUGACCAGCAGAGAUGUGAGCAGGUUCUCCUUGAGUUACUGUGUUAUGAACCAUGCAGGCCUCUCCACCGACUCUCCAAUACCAUAGAGGGGCAGAACACCAUUGACUUGACCUUGAUCAGAGCCAAGCUGCAGCGGAAGCUCUCGCCACCCUAUGGCUCUCCUGAUGAGUUUGCAGAUGAUGUCUGGAAGAUGUUCAGACAGUUUAAUAAGCUGACAGAGGACAAGGAGGAUGUCCAGUCCAUCAUUGGGCUGCAGCGCUUCUUUGAGGCCAAGCUGAGCUCUGCCUUUGGCGACCGGAAGUUCUCUGCGCUCCGCGACCCCAUCAAUGUGGAUGAGUCGCAGGAAAGUGGCACUCUUCCUUUCCGUGGCUCCCCAGCCACUGACCUCGGUGUGGCCACCUCUUCUAAGCCUGAUGGGAGCGGUGAGGACGAGGGAAUGGCCACCUAAAAAGAAGUGAAGAAGCUGUUCCUAUCAGAUGGACCAGCAUUCCAUGGAGGAGGGGAAAUGUUGGGGGGGGGAGGCACCCUCUUGAAGCUGCCUUCAUUUUGUCUCUGCCCUCCACUCUUCUGGUCUUUCUUGGGCAGCCCUUUGUUCCCUUCUGCACCUCUCUGCCUUUUUUUUUGAGAGUUAUUGUAGAACUCGACUGCUUAGAUAAUGGUUAUAAAUAGUCUGACCUGUUCUCUCUCUUUCUCUCUUUUUUUUUGCUUGGAAAAUUUUAUGCCCUUGUUCUGACAGAUACACUUUGUGUUUUUGUUUUUGUAUUGGAAUGAAAUGAAAUGAAAUGGAAAUUGAUUUGGGGCAAUCCAGAACCCUAUAACUUGCUCUCCUCUUGUAUUCCUUUCUUGCUCCAAGUGGGAACAAAGUUGUAGUUCCCUUUUUAUUUUUUAAUUCUCCAACUCGCACCCCACCUCCACACACCAGGGGAGGGAGGUUGUUGUGGCCCAGAAACAAGUUGGAUCUUCUAACAGAAAAUCUCUGCCCCUUAUAAGAUACUUGGCUGCCCUUGUGGGGUGCCCAGUAGGCCCCCAACUGCAGUGAGAGUUGAGGGCGCAGACUCUCCUCUUCCUUGUCUGCUUUUUAAGUCUAUGCAUUUUUGAACAUGGUGUUUUUUCUCAAUUUAUAUGCGGUCCUAGUGAAAAUCAGCCUGGACAUCUAAAAGAAGCAACUGUUGUUGGGCCUUCAUGACAGCUGUUUUCUGAGGUGGUGGUGAUUUGAUUAUAUAUUUUUUUAUUCCUGUGUCCAAAUAGGGGUCCUUGCUUUUUCUGUUCAGUUUGUUGAAGAGGAGAGAUGUCUGUUUUCAUAAGUCAAGGUAGUUGUAGGUUUUUAAAUCCAGUUGUCCUCUCCGUGUAGCCGUACUUUUUGGCUGUACGUAUCUUCAAAAGCUUUCUGUCCCAGUAGUUUAUCCUCACUAUCCCAAGAGCCAUUCUCAUUAAAUUGUGCUUUUUUUUUUUUUGCUUAUGUAUAUUUUAGACUUUGCUUCUUUCAUGUUCGAGAAAAAUAAAAGAUGUUUGCAA